AUGGCGCCGAGGAAGACCAAAGCAGAUGGAGAAGAGAAGGCGAAACCCGUGACUACGGUUUCUUCGAGAGUGACUCGGAGCAUGAAUCGUCGAACUCGAAGUGAGACUCAGCAAAACGGUGCUAAAGUGGUUCGAUCCGUCGCUAAGAGAUUUCAUGAGAAAAUGGAGAGUCGCAAAAUCGGAAAUUUAGGUAAACAAUGUAAUGCUUUCAAGACAAGGGCUAUUCAGGUGAAGGAAAGAUUGGAGGAGGCUGUUCCUGGCGUGAUGGUGACUUUGAAUCCUGAAAAGAAAUCUUCUCCAUCGCUAAUUCUUUCGUUGGAUGUUCUCGAACAGCCAAGGCGGGGUUGCUUUGAGAUCCGAGAGGAAGGUGGCGAAACAUUCAUCAGUCUUUUGGACAUGAAGCGUCCGUUUGCUCCAAUGAAGGCACUUGAUAUGGAAGAAGUCAUUGAGGACAUCAUAAAGAAAAUUAAAUGA